AUGGAGUCUCUACGGCGCCUCACGAGCUCCGUGUUCGACGCUGGGCUCGUGCGUCGCGGCAGUCUUGGGGAAAUGCGGGUCCCGGAUGCUCGCUCACUGGAGAUCACCUUCAUGACGGAGCGACUGAUGGUCGUGGGCGCACCCUGUGACGGCCCCACGGACAAGAAGCGCAACAUGGUGAACGUGCACGACCUGGCGCAGUUCCUGGACGCGCAACACCGCGGUCACUUUAUGUUCUUUAACCUGAACGCGCUGGAUGACGCAACAGCAGACGAUGGCCGCCAGUCCGUGGCAGACAAACUGCACGAGCAGUUACUCGAAUUCAACUGGGAGCGAGACGGAAUGAAGGCGCACACGCCGCCCUUGGAUCUUAUUUUCCGCAUAUGCUACGCGCUGGACGCGUGGCUCUCACUAGACCCACAUCACGUUGCACUUGUUAAUUGCCAAACCGGCAAGACCCGCAGCGGCGUCGUCGUGGCCUGCUAUUUGCUGUUCGCCAGACUUGCGGACGACCCGACCGACGCCUUCGUCGAGUUCUACAGGAAACGCUGGGACAUGAAAUCGCUCACGCCGCAUGCACUGCAGAAGAAGACGCCCCCAUCUAUUCAGAGGUUUCUUACUAGCUUCCACGAGCUGUUAGAGCAGCAGAAACCGCCCAAUGAUAAGCCAUUGCUGCUCAAGGCUGUGAUUUUUAGACAACUGCCAGUGGAGCUGCAGCCCUGCGUACAGAUCUGGGACGACUACAAGUUGGUGUUCUGUACUGACGAACUGCAGGUCGGGGAGAGUGGGGAGGCUCCGGUGCUGGACUGGAAUGAGGAAGACGGUUUUUUUGCCAUUCUGUGGGAGAACGGCGUCGAGUUGGACGGGGGAUUCUCGAUCUUGUGCUCCUUUGGAGAGGACUACGAUAACGCAGACGACGUGGAUGCGUCCUCGAGAGUUUUAUUCAGGUACGCGGAUUCGACGCUGUUCUUACUGCCUGGGCUCGUGACGCUCAAGAAACACGAUCUGGACUUGAUGAAGCAGUACGAGCACGGAUUUGACGAAGAUCAGUUCUCGGUGGAUCUGGUGCUGCAUGAGAGCAACAUGAGGAAGCCCCGAAACUCCGUGAGGAUGGAUUGCACAGGGAACAGUACCGUGCGGCAGGGGCUGAUAGAGAUUACCAAGCACCACGUCGUGCUGCCGGACCCAGCAAUGCACUCGAAUUUUAUCCGCAUGGGAUUCUGCGAGACUCCCACUACGUUUGCGCUGCAAUGCUCUCAGAACGCACCCAAUGUGGCGCUAGACUUGUUGCAUUCCAAGGGAUUGUCAGCUAGUUUUGCUCAGGAAGCAGCGGAGGUAGCAGCCAAGAAGGAGCAAGAAGAAGUGACAAUAAGCAAACAGACUGCGGAUUCUUCUACCGAGAGUGACCGACAGCCGGCACUUCGCUGGCAAACAACAGCUGAAAUUGUCGCCAUGCAGUCCCAGCGCUCGCGGUAUUCGAUCCCUACAGCGGUGGAUUUGUCGCUGUGCGAUACCUGUAACGAAGACGACUACAUGAUGCGACCGCAGGUCGUUCGCUGCGCAGGGCGAUGCGGAAAGUAUUACCACACGACGUGUGUGGGCUUGCGAAAGAUCCCGUUUGGCUUGACGACCAUGAGUGAUCGCACCAAUCAUGCAGUGUACGUGAAGAAGUUCUUUAGUGCGUGGGAAUGCGACGCCUGCGCCUUGAAGGCGCAACCCCCGACAACAAGUCAACCUUGUGGAGGGAUUCCGUCAAAUAUGAAGUUGGUACCUGCUUCCUGGGUUGGUGGAGAGUCGAGCACCACAUCAGCGAACCCACAAGAUGUUACCGACGGAGGCAACGCAUCACGUCUAGCUGCGACUCGGGACAGUCUUUUAGUGUCUGUGGAUGGGGAAUCUCAUUUAACUGCCCCAGAAGAGUUUCAUCAACUGAAGGAAUUCUUAGCGACGAAUGGUUUAUCGAUGGAAGAUCUUAUGAAAGCAGCGACGAGCCCUGGUACCACGGGCCCUUUGGUGGAUGUGUCAUUAGCGAACACACUUGCAUCAGUAACCUUUACUGCGACUCCGUCCGCUGGUCCGUCCAAGGUGGAUAUGAAGUAUGCACUACUGGGUGAACUGAAGACGGCAAGCAAGUCAAGUGAAGCAAGCGAGCCGUCGACGGCCAGUACUAAGGACAGCAAGUACACGUUGAUGCUGAAGCGUGGGGUUCCUUUCGAGGCGGUUCAAAACUGCAUGCGAAAAGAUGGAGUUGAUUCUUCGACAUUGCAGCCACUGCCUUCGAGCGAAGGAAGCACAGGCGAUGAUGUCAGCAUGGACGAAGUACCUACUGUUGAGAAAGCACGGCUGAAGGACAUGGAAGAGUAUGGCAAAUAUUUUCGAAUGCUGCGGAUGGGAUGUCCGAAAGAAGCUGUCAAGCAGAAGAUAAUUAUGGACGGACUGGACCCUAUUAUUUUGGACUUUGAUCCUGAUGCAGCUUACGAAGAGGUGAAGAACCGCAUUGUUGCGACUCAGAGCGUGUCACAGCUUCAAGACGAUAUCAAAUGCGUGAACCCGUCUGCAAACGAAGACGUGGAAGCGGACAAUUUGGAAGUGUUGCUGAAAGAUCACGACGUGUAUGCCAAAUAUUUCAAGAUGCUGAAGAUGGGGCUGACUGAGGGUGCUGUUCGCCAGAAAAUGAAGGUGGACGGCGUUGAUGAGCGUGCUUUGGAGCUAGGAGGCGACGCUCUUUUCUCCAAGCUGCCAACACCGGAGGCGACGGGAUCUGUUGCCCUUUCAGUGAAUGAUGUUAUGUUGAAGGAUGACCCAAAGUAUGCCAAAUUCUUCAAGAUGCUGCAGAUGGGCUUGCCCGACGGUGCUGUCAGGCAAAAGAUGAAAGUGGAUGGUGUGGACGAGUGGGCUUUAGAUCUUGGUGGAGAUGCGAUGGUUUCACAGUUGACAGUUGGAAGUGAUUGCAAAUUACAGGAUGACCCAGCAUACGCCAAGUAUUUCAAGAUGCUGAAGAUGGGUCUCCCAGAAGGAGCAGUGCGUCAGAAGAUGAAGUCUGACGCAGGUGUUAACGAGCAAGCUCUGGAUCUAGGAGGCGAUGCGCUUGUAUCGGAGCUAGCUGCUACGAAGAAUGCCGUCAAGCUUCAGGAUGACCCAGUCUAUUCGAAAUAUUUCAAGAUGCUGAAAAUGGGUCUCCCCGAGGGUGCUGUUAAGCAUAAAAUGGUGACCGAGAGCGCUGAUGUACGUGCGUUGGCGCUAGGACCCGAUGCUACUGUUUCGCAGUUAUCAUCUGGUGGAGAUGGUAAGACCGUAAAGGUUGCAGUGGCGAAGCCUAAGCGUGCACGUAAGAAGCUGCACUGGCAGCCAAUUUCGGAAGACCGACUGAGUAAUAUCAACCAGCAGACGAUCUGGGAAGACGAAGAUGACGAUGUUGACUUUGACGUGGACAUGGACGAGCUUGAAGCUCUCUUCUUCGCGAACCAGAACACCAACAGUGCAAAAAAGGACUCUUCACGAGGACAGAGUAAAGCUCUGAAGCGUAAACAGGCAGUGACGUUAAUCGGCGGGAAACGCGCUAUGAAUGCCGCUAUUUCGCUGGCCCGAGUCAAGCUCUCAUACAGCGAGAUCGCUGAUGCAGUGACGAAGUUUGACCCCAGUGGACUGACCAUUGAGCAGCUUGUCGGAAUUAAUGAAUUCCUGCCAACCUCGGAGGAGGCGGCACUGGUUUCUGGCUAUACCGGAGAUAGGGAAACGCUGGGCGAGGCCGAGAAAUUCAUUUUUGAGAUCGCGAAGGUGAAGCGAUAUGCGCCUCGUAUGGAAAGUUUGGUGUACAAACUGUCGUUCACGUCGCGCAGCACGGAGCUCGCUGCUUCGGUGGCGCAUUUACAAAAGGCAGGUGAAGAAGUAAAGGGUAGCCGACUACUGAAGAUCUUGCUGGCCAUGGUACUCAAAUUGGGCAAUACACUGAAUGGAAGUGGUGAAGAGAAUGGGAUCAAAGGCUUUACUGUGGACUCCCUAUUGCGACUGGGACACACCAAGGCUGUCAACCAGAAGACGACCGUUUUACACUAUUUGGUCCGACUCGUCAAGAAGAAUCACCCACAGGUACUCGACUUCCAGGCAGAACUGCGAAGUGUUCCUCUCGCGGCACGCGAAUCUUUCGAGACAGUCGACGGAGAGUUCAAGAAUUUGGAAAGGGGGCUGACAAGUCUUAACACUGAACUGGGGCUACUAGAAAAGGUUUGGACAUGGCUGGAGGUCACCAUCAAAGCAAUGCAGACUGCUGCCUCUGAAAUUGAAGAUCAGAUGAAGACACUUGCGGACGGGAUAGCCCGAGCAAAGGAAGAAGUUUCGAGUGUGCUGGACUACUUUGGUGAAGACCCGAAGCGAAAACCGACCGAGUUCUUCACCACGCUUGCCUCCUUUUGCUCGGUGUUUCAACGUGCGCGUUGCGAGGUGGAUGCUGCGGACGAGGCUGAACGCUUGAAACUGCGCCGAUCUAACUCGAUGAGACCACCAACCAAGGCAAGUAACGGAGCACCUUUGAAGGUAUCCCGUCCGAUCCUAGAGCGUUCGCAAAGCACGAUUGAUAACGGCACUCCGACAAUUAGCUAA